AUGACCACCGCCGUCGAGCAUCGCGAUCGCCACGACGAGGGCGAUUCACGUAUAGAGACCGCGAUCGCGAGGGAUACCGCAGCCGGAGCCGCAGCCCCCGGUACAAUUUCCGCCGAACUUAGAAUCGCAUAUCAUGUUGGCGGCCUCGAAGAGAUUCGUGUGAUUCGAGAUCGGCAGACAAAGGUGUCACGGCAGCUUGGAUUCCUUCGAUUUCCGUCCGUAGACGAGUCAAGGGCAUUUCUAGAAGCGAACCACCCAUUCAUUUACUUCUACGGCCCGACUGCUGGCAAUGAUGAUCGGAGCACGAAGGUGCGCAUCGCUUACAGCCGAGAAAGAGAAGAUCGGACCCGCGCGAAAGCCGAGGGUGAUUGGACUUGCCGAAUGUGUGCCGUUGUCAAUUACGCAACUCGUCAAAAAUGCUUUCGCUGCAAUGCUCCUCGCCCUGAAAUAGGCUCUGCUGGUCCUCCUGGUGUUCCUGCUCCCAAAGUGGCAAACCAUGGCGAUAAUGAUGCGGCAACAGAGAACCAGCCAUCCCAGUUCCUUUUAGUCCGAGGUCUGGACUCUUCUGUUACGGAGGAGCUUUUUGCCAAAGGCGUUGCGAAGCUGUACCGGCCCAAUUCGGGAAGCAACGAGACUACUUCCAUUAAUCAAAAGAAAGGUGGCAAAGUGGCAUCCACUACAGGUGACGCUAAUUUGGGAGCACGAGAGGGUUCCAUUCGCCGCGUGUUGCUGGUCCGUGAUCGCAAGACCAACGAAAGCUGGCGCUAUGGUUUCGCAGAAUUUGCAACCGUACUGGACGCCCAAGCUGCGAUCACACGACUCAAGUCGUUUGAGAAAUUCACCAUAUCCUCUCGGCCAGUCAUGGUCAGCUACAUCCACGCGGGUGUGUUUGUGCCGGUCAUGAAACCCACGGCUAGCACAGACCGCUUUACUUUCAGUCCACUAAACAACCCCUCACUGAAGCUCAUGUACUGGGAUGACGAGGGCUAUGUGACGGAACUCAUGUUAUCGUCAGGCGAAGAAGAUCUUGAACCGCAUUAUUCCAAGGGAGACCAGCAAGAAAGCCAAAGCAAAGCUCCUAAAGAUCCAGAGAAGGCUAAGAAGCGCAAAGCAGAUGCCGUUGCCAGCGCAAAUGCCAAGAAACCUGCUAUGGCGUCCCACCUGCAAUUCUGGAGCAACCGUCAUGCCGAGUUACAUGGUAUUCAAAGAGAUGGAAAUGGGAACUCUGCUGACACUGGACCCGACCAGGGAGGCUCGGCUGUCGACCCAGCUGCUCCGCCGGCGCAAUCAUAUGCUGAUCUCAACCGCAAUUGCUGCUACUUGUGCAUGCGGCAAUUCAAGAGCACAGCUAAUGUAAACCGCCAUGAGCGCCUCAGUCAACUCCAUCGCGAGAAUCUGCAGAACGAGGACUCAAGGACCCGUGGCAUGGCGAAACUCGUCAAACACGGGAUUGUUCCGCCGUCUGCUGAAUAUCGGGACCGUGCGAGAGAGCGUCGUAAGGCGUUCGGGCAUGGCAAAGCUGGCAGUCGACAGAAACCUGUGGCUCCCAAGGAAAAGGAAGAGGCGCCGGUGCAAACAACCUCCAAGGGCGCUUCUCUCCUCAGCAAAAUGGGCUGGUCAGCGGGUUCUGGAUUGGGUGCGCAAGGAACUGGGGUAACGGCGCCAAUCGCUACGGAAGUUUAUGCUGCCGGAGUCGGACUUGGAGCUCAAGGAAGCAAACUGGGCGAUGCUACCGAAGAGGCUGGACGGAAUACCCGGGGACGAUACGACGAAUUCUUGGAAAAGACCAAACAGACCGCUCGCCAGCGCUACGAGCAGAUGGAACGGUGA